AUGUUCUGGGGCAGGGGCACUGAGGCUGGUGUCGCAGACGUUUCGCCUGACAUCAUUUGCGCAUUCUCCUACUCGCCGCCCGAUGCUUUUCCCCUCUUCCCGCGCCUCGAAGAAGUGACAUGGCGGAUUCCAGCCCCUGAUGCCUUCUCCUUCUUGCGGGUGAUCUCUGGGCCAUCGUUGACCACACUUGAUCUAUCCGUCCCAAAGAUUGAUAAAGAUGUCAGAAACGAUCCCGACAAUACAAACACGGACUCUCACACAACAACGCAGAGGCGCGCAGAGGUGCUCGCACUCAUUGCUCAGCUUGGAGCGAUGUGUCCUCGCAUGAAGAGCUUCCAGUGGGCCGACCUAUGGCAUGCGCUCGCGGACAUCGCGCUAGAACAUGCCAUGCACCUUCGUACCCUGCGCAAGUUCAACACUCACUUGCCUAUCGUCGCCUCAAACACUCUCGGCCCUGCUCCACGCCAGGAAAAUGAUGUGUUUCCAGGGCUUCAGGGCUUGUGUCUCAAGGCCAGGAGCUAUGGAUAUGCGGAAAUUACUAGCUUUCUGGACUCCCUACCUGGUCGCGUUCGCGCCUCUACUUUUGAAGCACACACAUCCGCUCCCACCAAUGUGGCCACUACUCUUCCCGACCUCAUCAAAGCCAUAUCGCGCAGGCUCGACUCCGACACGCUCGCGUGUAUCACGAUCACGGGAGACCGGUUUUACGAAGACCCGAGGAUAGAGCAGAUCGCCGCCUUUAGCGUCACCAUCGAGACGCUUCGACCGCUGCUUGGCUUCCAUAAUGUUGAGAAUGCAGAGUUGAACUUCAAGCGGGCGAUUUCCCUCGUUGACGAGGACCUACUCGAGACAUCACAGUCAUGGCCGAAGCUUCGCGCUCUCAGGCUCAAUCCCGGCGAGGGGUAG